AUGAGUCACCACCAGCGAAGGAUUUUAACACCCGGGGUGUCGAGAAAGCGAAAAGAGAGAGAAGUAUUUUACUCGUUGAAGUCAUCGGCUUCGGCUCAAGCCACGGCUAAUGCAACACAUUCCAAAGCGGUUUCCGCGGAGGCGGUUUGUUCAAAUCGGUUAUUAGCCGGGUACAUGGCUUACGAGUUCUUAACGAAGGGCACUUUAUUCGGUCAGAAAUUCGAUCCGAUUCGAACCGAAGCUGUGGCUUUGGUGGGAUCGACAGUGGAGUCGAAGAGGAUGAAGGCGGAAGUAGAAGAUCAGGUGAACGUGGUCAAGGAGCAUAAGAGUUAUGCUGAGGUGGCAAGCAUACUGAAGACUCACGGGACCCACAUCCCAGGGAUAGUUAAUCCUACUCAACUGGCUCGGUGGAUCCAGAUGUGA